UCUGGCGCGGCGCCCGAAGGACCCCGUUGGCUACCCAUGCCGAGGUGAGUCCGCGGUAGUCCUCGCCACCGUUCCGUCCUCGUCUCGUCGUCGUCGUCGUCGUCGUCGCCGCCGCCGCCGCCCCGUGCGGCACCGCCGCCGGCCAGGAUGUUGGAAGAAGCGGGCGAGGUGCUGGAGAACAUGCUGAAGGCGUCGUGCCUCCCGCUGGGCUUCAUCGUCUUCCUGCCCGCGGUGCUGCUGCUCGUGGCGCCGCCUCUGCCGGCCGCCGACGCCGCGCACGAGUUUACGGUGUACCGCAUGCAGCAGUACGACCUGCAGGGCCAGCCCUACGGCACACGGAACGCGGUGCUCAACACCGAGGCGCGCACGGUGGACGCGGACGUGCUGAGCCGCCGCUGCGUGCUCAUGCGGCUGCUGGACUUCUCCUACGAGCAGUACCAGAAGGCGCUGCGGCAGUCAGCGGGCGCCGUGGUCAUCAUCCUGCCCCGUGCCAUGGCCGCUGUGCCGCAGGACGUCGUCCGGCAAUUCAUGGAGAUCGAGCCUGAGAUGCUGGCCAUGGAGACCAUCGUUCCCGUGUACUUCGCUGUGGAGGAUGAGGCCCUGCUGUCCAUCUACGAGCAAACACAGGCCGCCUCCGCCUCACAGGGCUCUGCCUCUGCUGCGGAAGUGCUGCUGCACACGGCCACUGCCAACGGCUUCCAGAUGGUCACCAGCGGGGUGCAAAGCAAGGCCGUCAGCGACUGGCUUAUCACCAGUGUGGAGGGGCGGCUGACCGGGCUGGGUGGAGAGGACCUCCCCACCAUCGUCAUUGUGGCUCACUACGACGCCUUCGGUGUGGCCCCUUGGCUGUCCCUCGGUGCGGACUCGAACGGCAGUGGCAUCUCAGUGCUGCUGGAACUGGCCCGCCUCUUCUCCCGCCUCUACACCUACAAGCGUACACACGCAGCGUACAACCUGCUGUUCUUCGCCUCUGGAGGGGGCAAGUUUAACUACCAGGGCACCAAGCGCUGGCUGGAGGACAACCUGGACCACACAGAUUCCAGCCUGCUGCAGGACAACGUAGCCUUCGUCCUGUGCCUGGACACAGUGGGCCGCGGUAGCCAGCUGCACCUGCAUGUGUCCAAGCCGCCACGCGAGGGGACCCUGCAGCACGCCUUCCUGCGGGAGCUUGAGACGGUGGCUGCACACCAGUUCCCCGAGGUGCGCUUCUCCAUGGUGCACAAGAAGAUAAACCUGGCCGACGACGUGCUGGCCUGGGAGCAUGAGCGCUUCGCCAUCCGCCGCCUGCCGGCCUUCACCCUGUCCCACCUGGACAGCCACCGCGAUGGGCAGCGCAGCAGCAUCAUGGACGUGCGAUCCCGCGUGGACUCCAAGACACUGACCCGCAACACGAGGAUCAUCGCGGAGGCCCUGACUCGGGUCAUCUACAACCUCACAGAGAAGGGGACACCCCCAGACAUGCCCGUGUUUACUGAGCAGAUGCAGGUGCAGCAAGAGCAGCUAGACUCAGUGAUGGACUGGCUGACCAACCAGCCCCGCGCCGCGCAGCUGCUGGACAAGGAUGGCCCAUUCCUCAGCACGCUGGAGCACUUCCUGGGCCGCUACCUGAAGGAUGUGCGGCAGUACCAUGUGAAGGCGGACAAGCGGGACCCUGAGUUUGUCUUCUAUGACCAGCUGAAGCAGGUGAUGAACGCAUACAGGGUGAAGCCUGCCAUCUUCGACCUGCUGCUGGCUGUGUGCAUCGGCGCCUACCUGGGCAUGGCCUACACGGCGGUCCAGCAUUUCCACCUGCUCUACAAGACGGUGCAGAGGAUCCUGCUCAAGGCCAAGGCGCAGUGAGCGCUGCCCUGCGGCCCUGCCCAGCAUGGAAGAACGCCAAAGGGCUUUUCCACGCCGUGCUCGUGGACUUAGGGUGGCUGCCUCUUUCCCUUCCCUUGGAUUUUCUCGGAGGAAAGCCUGGUGGGGGCCCAGGGCCAGGCAGCCCGCAUGAGUCCUGUGCAGUAGCCAGCCCCCAGCCCUGCCUGGCCCGCCCCGUGACUGGACUGGUAUUUAUCUCCUCUUCCUCACGCCCAUGGGGUGGGGCUGGAGUUACCAUCUCCAUGCAGGCACCGGCCUGUCUCCUCCUGAACUCCGUGUCUGACAAGGGCAGGCUGGGGUCUCCUGAGCCAAAUGUCCCCACCCCCACAUACUGUCCUCCUCCACCCGCACCCACUUCCCCAGGCUGUCCCCAGUGCUUGUGAGUCUGCGUCUGCCUGCCUGUCCCCACACAACCUCAGCUUUUCCCCGUCCCCCAGGCUUCCCGGAUGUCUGUCCCCUGCACCUGGUGUGGGGCACAAGCAGCCUGGGGCCCCUACCCAGGCGAUCGGGCCGAGCCAGCCCCUCUGUGCCCCAGGAGCGAUGGCCAGGCAGGUCGGGGGCAGCUGACACACUAAGACGGGCUCAGCCCUCUUCUGUGACCCGCAGCAGCACCUGCUUGGGUAAUCCUUCUUUGAGGAGGAAUGUGGAGGGGUUGGGGGCUCGAGCGCCAAAAUUGACCUCAGGGAGACCACGGCCUACUGAUUCGUUAGCAAUAUAAUCAGUGCAGUGUUCACAGGAGGCUGAGUGAGCCCACCUGCCCAGGCCCUGCGCCCCAGGGCGGCUCCGACCCCACAGGGCUCGGGGCCCAGCACUGAGUCUGCACAGACACAGCCCUGGCUGCCCCUGGGUAUCCUGAGUCUGAGGACGAAGGGGUUCAUCCCCCCCAGGCCUCCCGCUGCUCAAGACUGUUUACUGAGGGUCCAGGUGGCCUGGCCACCUCCAGGUACUGUCCCUGCCGCUGGCAAGGAGCGAGGCUAGCGCCUGCUGCCCCGUGCAAGGUUGGGGUGCCAUGCCAGCUGCGAGCUGCCUCCCCUUGUCCCUGGCAGGUGGGGAUGGGUGCCCACCCGGGCUUGGCUGGUGGGGGCACAGUUGCCCUUCAGAAAAUAAAGCCAUAUUGAAAGACCUGCCCUUGCCCUUCCU